UGGCUUCCUUGCCACGCGGGAAUGCAGAUCGUGAGGCCCAUGGCGUUGUCCACAGACAUCUGAGAGAUGGUGCUCGAGCGUAGAGAGUUUGGAUAGACGCCUCCUUCGUGAAGUGGAUUGAAAGAGUCCAGAGCCUCUCUGUUGGCCAGAUCCGUCGUCCGCCUCAACUAAGAUGAUGGAAGCUUCGAAUACCGCCUCACUGCAGGCCGACGCAGACCAUUUGGACGACCCCCAGAAGAAAGAGAGACAUUUGCGGCCUCUUGGGCAACAGCCAGCAUUAUUGACGCCGGUACCCUCCCGCCCAAGUCAAGACAGGCUCUCUCUGCACCACACGCGGUCCCAUACGUCUCAUGUUGACGGCCACGGAUACUUCAAUGAAGAUCAGGAUGGUGAGCAACAGGUGGCCAUUGAAAGCUCCGCAGAAAAGGCGUUCGAGGUCGGAUGGGACGGUCCAGAUGAUCCAAUGAAUCCCAAGAAUAUGGGUACAGUCAGGAAGUGGAUGAUUGUGAUGAUCAACGCAUUCGGAGCAUUGUGCGUGACAUGCACGUCAUCACUAUAUACUAUUACCUACGACCAGAUGAACGCCGAGUUUGGCAAUUCCCGUCUCGUCGCUACGUUGGGACUCACGCUGUUUGUCUUUGGGCUGGGUCUUUCGCCCAUGAUUCUGGGUCCAUUGUCCGAGUUCUAUGGCCGUCGACCCAUCUAUAUAUAUGCCUAUGUCUUCUUCACCAUCUGGCUAAUUCCGUGCGCCCUCGCAAAGAACAUCCAAACCAUGCUGGUUUUCCGUUUUCUGGACGGCUUCUCGGGGAGUGCCUUUCUGUCCGUUGCGGGAGGCACGGUCGGCGACAUGUUCAGCCGCGAGCAACUUCAGGCCCCGAUGAUGAUUUAUACUGCAAGCCCGAUGAUCGGCCCUGGCUUAGGGCCUAUAAUUGGUGGCUUUAUCAACUACAAUACCUCUUGGCGAUGGUCUUACUAUGUCCUCCUGAUCUGGGCGGGCGUGAUGCUCGUCAUCAUCACGAUCUUCGUGCCGGAGACCUACAUGCCGGUGUUGCUGCGGAAGAAAGCACGAAUGAAGCGAAAAGAGACGGGUGAUGACCGAUGGAAGGCUCCGAUCGAGAUGUAUGAGAAGUCGCUCUUCUGGACCGUGGUAAGAUCGCUGUAUCGACCUUUCUUACUGCUGUUCAUGGAGCCAAUGUGCUCCAAUCUUUGCUUAUUGUCGUCCAUUCUGCUGGGCAUACUCUACCUGUUCUUCGGCGCCUUUAAUCUGGUCUUCAGCAAGGUGUAUGGUUUCAACACGUGGCAGGUUGGUCUCUCAUUCUUGGGUCUCCUCAUUGGUAUGCUGCUCGCUAUUGCUUCUGAUCCGAUCUGGCAGUGGAACUAUCUACGCUUACUCCGAAACACGGAGAGGCGGACUGGCGAGCGUACGUCGGAGCCAGAGUUUCGACUACCGCCAUCUAUCUUUGGUCCAUGGAUAUGCACAGUAGGACUCUUCUGGUUCGGCUGGUCAUGCUAUUCUCAUAUCCACUGGAUUGUCCCGAUUAUUGCCACCGGCUUUUUCGGAUUCGGCACCGUUUUGAGCUUUUCCGGGAUCUUCACGUUUCUGGUUGAGGCGUAUCCGCUGUACGCAGCAAGUGCAUUGUCGGCCAACUCGUUUGCACGGAGCUCAUUUGCAGGUGCUUUCCCUUUAUUCGGGAUUCAAAUGUACAAUCACUUAAACUUCCACUGGGCUUCGACACUUCUGGGCUUUCUUUGCUUGGCUUUGGCACCAUUUCCGUAUUUAUUCUUCAUCUACGGCAAAAGAUUACGGCAGAAAAGCAGAUUUACCAACCUUUCGGCAUCAUAACAGGAGUACCAGAGGAGCUCCACUGUCCACCAAAUACUUGGCAGAUACGGAGCUACAUGGGCUGUCGAUCAGUGCUUCAUAAACUUACAUGUACCGACAAUAUUCAGAUCGCGGCCGACCUUCCAAGACCAGCUCGCAUUAAUACGAACAGAGUGCAUCAUGCUGAUAGGUACGGUGCAGCUGAGGCGAGGAAUCAAUCUCCCGUUCCAGUUGCUGUUUUGCUUUGCUAUGCGGGAGAUUUUUCAGGAGGGUUGUCCUUGUCUCCUGUCGGAAGUCGAAACCAUGGCAUCAUGUCGUAUGCAGCUGUGAUAGCAACGAGAGAUUGUUUGGGUGCAUGACAGUCGCUUGUUUGAUGUUGUGCAGAAUCGACUGGGAUGGCGUGGCAUAAGGCUCUGCGGUCAAGACUGGAACGUGGCAAGAUCUGGAUUGGCAAUGCAGAUAGGAGAAUUGUUUGGAGGAGCUGGUGCAAGGGGCAGUGUAGCGCGCACACACACACACACACAUGCAUGCAUGCAUGCAGUGCCUGCUUCAGGAAACUUACAUAGGCCAGGAGGUAUCAGGUCCCAGGACACGUGCGACUGAUUUUGUCGGUGUAGAAACCGGGAGCUGUGCUACAGUGUCCUCGGUUGCGUUGUCCGACGGUGUUCAUAUUCUGGGUCAUGGACAGAUACUUACGCUGAGCAUGACCAGCAAUAUAC